AUGGGGCAAAUGGAGGGUGUUAAGAAACAGAACAUGCAGAAAGGGCCUACAUCCUGUGGACAGAGACCAAGACAGAAGGAAAUUACUGAACAGGACAAACCUCAGAUACCUGAACAAGGGGUAUUUGUGAAAGAACAGGGCAAGCAGAAACGAACAUGGCAAUCUAUUGAGAAACAGAGACCGAGUAAAGAGCUUCCACAAAAAAAGCAGAAACUAGAAGAAUUUGAAAAGAAUGUUCAAAAUGUAAUGACAUCAGCUGAAGAACACGGAACGAGGCAUGGACAAUUUCAGCUUCAUCCAGACAAAUCCGGACAAGAAGUUCAGAUGGGAGGGGCUAAAGAACAGGCUAAGCAGAAAGAUACUGCAUGUAGGCCUACAUCAUCUGAGAGACAGGGACAGGAGGCAGUUGGGUAUCGAGACGAACCUGAACAAGAGAUGAAAGUGGGACGGGCUAAAACAAGGAGAAAGCGGAAAAUGAAUUCAAUAUCUAAGGAGCGGAGAUUGAGACAGGAGGAAAUUGGCCAUCUAGAGAAAGCCAAACCAUCACUACAAGAGAAAGGGACCAAAGAACAGAGAGAGCAGAAAGGGGCUUCAACAUCUGAGGAACAGAGAUUGAGACAGGAGGAAUGUGGAUAUCGAGACAAACCUGAGCCAGAUGUGACAGUUGGACGGGCUAAAAAACGAAGAAAGCGGAAAAGGACUUCAACAUUUAAGGCACAAAGAUCGAGACAGGAGGAACUUGGUCAUCUAGAGAAAGCCAAACCAUCAAUACAAGAAAGAGAGGCGAAGAAACAGAGAGAGCGAAAAGGGACCUUAACAUCUGAAGAACAGAGACCAAGACGGGAGGAAGUAAGUCUUGUAGAGAAACCCAAACCAUCAGUACAAAAGAGAAGGACUGAAGAACAGAGCACGCAGAAAUGGACUUCAAUAUCUACGGGACAGCGAUUGAGACAGGAGAAAGUUGGCCAUCUAGAGAAAUCUAAACCAUUAGUACAAGGGAGAGAGGCUAAAGAACAGAGAGAGCAGAAAGGGACUUCAACAUCUGAUGAACAGAAAUUGAGACAGGAGGAAUGUGGGUAUCGAGACAAACCUGCACAAGAGAUGAAAGUGGGAUGGGCUAAAAAAAGGAGGAAGCGGAAACGAUCUUCAACAUCUGAGGAACAGAGACCAAGUCAGGAGAAAGUUUGGUAUGGAGACAAACCUGAACAAGACAUGAAAGUGGGACAGCCUAAAACACGGAGAAAGCGGAAAAGCAUAUCACCAUCUAAGGAACAGAGACAAAGCCAGAAGGAACUUUGUCAUCUAGAGAAACCCAAACCAUCAGUACAAGACAGAGAGACUAAGGAACAGAGAGAGCGGAAAGGGACUUCAACAUCUGAGAAACAGAGAUUGAGACAGGAGGAAGUUGGUCAUGUAGAGAAACCCAAACAAUCAGUACAAAAGAGAGGGGCUGAAAAACAGAGCACGCAGAAAUUGACUUCAAUAUCUGCGGGACAGCGAUUGAGACAGGAGGAAGUUGGGUAUCAAGACGAACCUGAACAAGAAAUGAAAGUGGGACGGGCUAAAAAACGGAAAAAGCGGAAAAGGACUUUAACAUCUGAAGAGCAGAGACCAAGACUGGAGGAAGUUGGUCACCUAGAGAAACCCAAACCAUCAGUACAGGAGAGAGCGACUACAUCAUCUGAGGUUCAGAGAUGGAGAAAGGUGAAAGUUGGUCAUCAAGACAAACGUCAACAACAGGUUCAAGUGGGAGGGGCGAAUAAACGGAGCGAUGAGAAAGAGACUGCAGUCCCUGAGGGAAAGAGAUCAAGAGAGGAGAGACUUGCUAAACAAGACAAACCUCAGAUACACGAACAAGGAGAACUUAUUAAAAAACAGGUCAAACAAAAACGGACACCGAGUCACGAGCUUCCACAGAAAAAGCAGAAACUACAGGUAUUUGAGAAGAACGCUCAGAAGGAGAUGACUUCAUCCAAAGAAUGCGGAUUGAGGCAUGGCCAAUUAGAUGAUUAUCGAGAUAAACCGCAACAAGUUGAAAAGGUUAAAUAUCACAGCAAACAGAAAGGGUAUAUGUCACUUGAGGGACAGAACAGACGACAUGAGGAGGAGUUUUGUGGUAAUCAAGACAAAACUAGCAAGAAGACAGGGAUUACAUCAUCUGAGGGACAGAGAACGGGACAAAAGGAAGUUAGUCAACGAAAAAAACCUCAAACAGAGAUUCUUGUGGCUCCAACUAAAGAAAGGAGCACGCAGAAAGGGACUAAAUCAUCUCAGGCACAGAGACCGAGGCAGGAUGAAGGUGGUCAUCGAGACACGUGCAAACCAUCAGUACAAGCAGCAGAGGCUAAAGAACAGAGCAAGCAGAAAAUGACUACAUCAUCUGAGGACCUGAAACCUAGACAGGAGGAAGUAAGUAAUCAGGACAAACCUGAAUCGGAGGUAGAUGUGGAGGGAGCUCAAAAACAAAGCAAGCAGAAAGUAAGUACAUCAACUGAGAGACCUAGACCGGGACAGGAGGAAGUUGCUGAACAAGAAAAACCUCAGCUACAUGAACAAGGAGUAGUUUUUCAAGAACAGGGCAAGCAGAAACAGACAAAACAAUCUAAUGAGGAACAUAGACAGAUUCAGGAGCUUCAACAGACAAAGCUGAAAUUGAGGGAAUUCGAGAAGAACGCUCAAAAGGGGACAACGUCAUCGGAAGUACAUGGACCGAGGCAUGGGCAAUUAGAGAGUUAUCAAGAUAAACAUCAACCAGAGAUACAAGUGGGAGGGGCCAAAGAAAACAAAACAGAAAAGAAACAGAGAAAGCAGAACGAGGCUUCAUUAUCUCAGGACCAGAGACCGAGGCAGGAGGAAGGUGGUCAUCAAGACACACGCAAACCAUCAGUACAAGCAGCAGAGGCUAAAGAACAGAGCAAGCAGAAAAUGACUACAUCAUCUGGGGACCUGAAACCUAGACAGGAGGAAGUAAGUAAUCUUGACAAACCUGAAUCGGAGGUAGAUGUGGAGGGGGCUCAAAAACAGAACAAGCAGAAAGUAAGUACAUCAACUGAGAGACCUAGACCGGGACAGGAGGAAGUUGCUGAACAAGAAAAACCUCAGCUACAUGAACAAGGAGUAGUUUUUCAAGAACAGGGCAAGCAGAAACAGACAAAACAAUCUAAUGAGGAACAUAGACAGAGUCAGGAGCUUCAACAGACAAAGCUGAAAAUGAGGGAAUUCGAGAAGAACGCUCAAAAGGGGACGACGUCAUCGGAAGUACAUGGACCGAGGCAUGGGCAAUUAGAGAGUUAUCAAGAUAAACAUCAACCAGAGAUACAAGUGGGAGGGGCCAAAGAACAGAGAAAGCAGAACGAGGCUUCAUUAUCUCAGGACCAGAGACCGAAACGGGAUGAAAUUGGUCAUCGAGACGACUCUCAACCAGAGGUACAAAUGGGAGGGGCUGUGGGAGUGACUGAUACAGAAAGCAGAUCAGAUACUCGACCUGACGACAGAGCCAUCCGGAAACAAUCUGAGAAGAUUGCAACAGACUGGGAAAAAUUGGCCUUAUGCUUGAAAUGUUCAAAAGAACACAUUGGCACCAUUAGGGCUAAUCACUCCAACGAUGUUGUAAGGCAGUGCUUUGAGAUGUUAAGCACAUGGUGGAGAAAGCAGGACAAUUACACGGAAGCAUGGCGGACGUUGGAGAAGGCUCUGAUUGAUUCAGGCAGGAACGACUUGGUUCGGGGCACAUCAGCCGAGACGGGAAGAGCGCAAUCCAAUCCGAGUGAUGCUGCUGAUCAGUGCAGGAGUGAAUUAGAAGACCGGUAUACCACCACAGGUAGCUACGUUCAGUUAAUACCCUGGGUCGAUGACGACAUGAAACAUAUUAUGGAUAUAUAUACAGAGUUGCAAUUAGAAAAGGGUGACCAGGAUGACAUUGAGGGGUAUGUUAAUGAGUACGGGGACAUUUUCCUCAUACAAAAAGACAGGAAAAUAGAUAGCUAUAGCAACGACUCAAUGAACUCUCUCGUGUGGUUGAUGCAGCAUGUGGCCGAGCAGACAGAGCUCUUGGAAGUGGAUUACCUCAAUGCACCAUGCGAUGAUGGCAUACAACUGAGCAUUCAGAGCUCCUCACUAACCGGCAAGGAUAUGGUGGAUAUUUUACAGUCAUUCAGUAAUCGGGGAGAUUUAGUCAGUUUGAUCCUUGAUGGCAUUCAUGGUCCUGGUGGUUCCCAGAAAAUAUGGCCCCCGACCUUACCAAACCGGACGGAACUUUUUGGGGAGAUGCCCCACUUGGCCGAUCUUCAUCUUUCGUUCAAUGAGGGAUUGGGUGGUAACGCAGAAACGUGGGCAGCUAGCUUGCAGUCGAUGAUUCACCUGAAAUCACUCGGGUUAACAUCAUGCGGCAUAAAGGACUCUUCUUCUGAAGAGGUCCUUAGAUCUUCUGAAGAGAGCUCUUCUUCUGAAGAGGACUCUUCUCCUGAUGAGGACUCUUCCUCUGAAGAGGACCCUUCUUCUGAUGAAGAUGAGUACAAGAUGAGCGAGCACGAGUUUGAUCAUUUGGAUCGAGUCAGUCUCUAA